AUGCCCCUAAGAACUGUCCAUACUUCUUCCCUGUUCGAUCCAAAGGAGAAAAAGGUGCUACACGAUGUCUCCAUUACGGUUGAUCCUAGUUCUGGUUUAAUCACGAGGGUCUUCAAGCGAGACGAUACUCAAAGGCGGUUCGCUGAAUUGUUCAGAGAUGGAGAUAUUGAUCUAAGGGGAAAGUUUGUUAUGCCAGGACUAGUAGAUGCCCACACCCAUGUAUUUCUUCAUUCUUACGACGAAGCUGGUGCGCUCCAGCAAAAACGAGAUGAGAGUAUGACCGAGAGAAUUGUGCGUGGUGUUAACCACUGCCGGACUGCAUUGAUGGCGGGCUAUACCACGUACAGGGACCUAGGAUCAGAAGGCAUGAAAGAGUGUGACGCAAACCUGAGAGAUGCAAUUGCUCGAGGUCUGACCCCGGGACCCAGGCUAUUUGUUGCGACACGCAUCAUUGCUAGCACUGGGUCCUUCGAGUGCCGCACAGAAAACUCCGAGGGUGGGCACUGCCUUCCUGCUGGUGCAGAUGCCGUUGAUGGUGUCGAGCAAUGCCGCCAGGCAGUGCGUCGUCGUGUCGCUGCCGGGGCAGAUAUAAUCAAGUUCUUCGCAGACUACAGAAGACGCAUCAUGCGAUCGCCGCCAGCACAGCAGCAUCCCUAUAUCCCCAGCGUCACACACCCGCCAAAGGAUCCCAACCCGGACUACAUGGUCUUCUCGCAAGAAGAGAUGGACAUGAUUGUACGAGAAGCCGCACUGGCGCGUUGCCCUGUCUCCGCUCAUUGCUGUACCCUCGAGGGGGCACUUGGGGCGAUCGAGGCGGGCGUCAACACUCUUGAGCAUGUCUAUUUUGCUACCGACGAAAUGUUCAACAAGAUGGUAGAAAGGAAGGUGAUCAUGGUGCCCACGCUGGCGAUUGCUGAGAAGCUGCAUGCUAGGCGUUUUGAUCAGAUCAUUCGUCAGGUGAAACGAGCCCACGAGCUUGGGGUUCGCCUUGCCUGCGGAGGCGAUACCGGCACAUAUCAUCAUGGAGACAACGCUAGGGAGUUGGAGCUGAUGAUCGAAGCAGGUAUUCCCAUUGGGGAUGUUCUAGAGUCAUGCACCGUUGGAGGUUGGGAAGCCUGUGGAGGUGAUCUUUGCGGGAAACGAUUUGGCUGGUUUGAGGAGGGAUUGCAAGCAGACAUAAUUGCUUUGGAAAGUGAUCCAUAUGAGGAUCCUUCCGCGUUGCGAGGCGUGAAUUUUGUGAUGAAGGAUGGAAUGGUUUUCAAAAUCAACAACGGACAGUAUAAAGAAUAG